UACCUUUUUGUCUUUUCAUUUGUUUCAGUGGGACGCCUUUUAUUUUUGUUUCCGAGCGCCACAGCAAGGAAUCUCGAAGAUUCUCGCUCAGAAGAAAACUCUUCAUUUGAAAAUCAAAAACCUCCACAAUGGUGCACAAAAUGGAAUGGUAUAUUGGCACUGAAUGGCAAUUGGAACGCAAAGGAUUGCACAAAAAAGUUCUUGCUCAUGACUUUACUAAAUUGGAAAAGCCUCAUGCCGUGGCCAAGGUAGUUAUUUGUGUGGAGAAGGUGGAAAAUCUCAAUGGACGUGAAUCGAUUUAUCUAAGUGAGGACAAAUUAAAUAAAUCACAAAGCAUGGAAAUGGGUAGUGCCUUAAGUCCGGUGGAUUAUUAUUUGGAAAUGCUUGUACAACAAAUGGUCAUCGGUGAAAAGGCAUUGUGUACGAUAAAAACAAAAGAGGCCGGCAAUGAGAUACGCAUAACAAUGAGCCUUAAAGAAAUUCAGGAAUCCAAACCCAUACACAAGUUAAGUGUGCCGGAAAUGUAUCAUCUAGCUUUGAAAUACAAAGAGAAUGGUGUGAAAAUGUUCAAAACUUAUCCGGUGUUUGCCCAUGAAUACUUUGCCAGGGCAGCCAAGUGUUUGAUUUCCUUUAAGGAAUUUGAGGGUCUGACCAAGAAACGUGAUGGCAUGGCUGGAAAAGAUUUAUAUGAGCUUUUUGUGCAAAUACAAACUAAUUUGGCGGCAUGUUUGCUGAAUGCCAAACGUUAUGAAGAUGUCAUUUAUCAAACCAAUUUUGUGGACAAACAAAAUUCGCCAUCCGAAAAGAGUGUCUACCGUCGUGCCAUGGCCUAUUAUCAUUUGUCGGAAUUUGAUCUGGCCCAAAAGACUAUAGAGAAGAUCCCGAAUUAUGAAGAGAAAAAGGAGUUUAAUAAUCUGUAUCACAAAGUGGUGGAGUGCCGCAGGACCAGCAAUGCCAAUUACAAGGGCAUGGUUAAGAAAAUGUUUGGUUAGUUGGUUAAAUAAGUGUGUGGCUCUAUGUAAGUUAGUUAUUAAAAAUAUAUUUUAUUUACUUUAAGUUAACAUAAACUUAAAAAAAGAAACGAAUAGUUGAUUGUAAAAAGUUCCCUAAUAAAUUAUUUACAGUGUUAUUUUUUCUUAUUAAAUUUAAACGAUUUCUUAUCCUUGAAA